AUGAUUCAAAAUUUAACAACACUUUUUAAAAAUUUAACAUUUCGUUCAGGGGUAUCACUUUGUGGUACUGUAUCAAGAGGGAAAUAUUGCACUUUACCACCAAUUAAUGAUGGCGACGAAAAAGAUUUACCAAUAGACAAUCAAGAAGAUUUAGAACGUAAAAGAAUCAUUCCGUUGAAAUAUGAUGAAGAUGCAUUUGAAUUAAGAAAAUUCAAAGAAUAUCCUUAUUAUGUUGAAAGAGAAUGGUGGAAAGAGGGAAAACGUAUGACAUUUUGGGCUAAUUGGAGACAAUUACGUGACGUAAGGAGAAGAAAAGCUCUUGCUGAAUGUGGUCCAGAUAGAAUAAGAUAUAAAGCUUUAAAAGAAAAUACAAUACUUCCACAGGCUUUGAGAGACGAGAUGGCAGAAAUAUUGCAUAAUAUGAAUAAAGAUUCAAGACCAAACUUAAUUUUAAAUAUGUGUAUGUUUACUGGUAGAAGUAGAGGAAAAAUAAAAGCUUUCAGAGUCAACAGGCAUAUCUUCCGUAAACUUGCUGAUUCUUCAAAAUUAAGUGGUGUCCAGAGAGCAAUAUCAAGUAUGAAGAGUAUUAUACUCUUGGCAACGGUUAUCGUACUGUCAAAUGCUUCUACUCUUCAAAUAAAGACACUUCCAUCAUCAAUUACUGUUCCAGAGAAUGUUGAAGAUUUUGAAUUAGCAUCUGUUUCAAAAUUAAAUAAUUUUAUGUUAGGAUUGUCAGCAGAUAUUGAUGAAAUUUUCAAUGAUGUUACUGGAGAUUUAUUUUCUCGUCCAAAAGCCUUAGCCGUUGUUCAAGUUAAAAAUGUUGACGCUAUUGAUGGAAAAACUUCUAGAGAAUACAAAUCAACUGAUGAAAGUGAAUUUGAUUUUUCAGCAACUGAAAAAAUGAUUAAAUCAACCUUUGGAAAUAAGGGACAUUUUGAUGAAUUAAAAAAUGGUGUUCAUAGUGGACAAUUAAGUAGUAAAAUUCAAUCAUUCGACGUUUCAGAAGAUAGUGUUAAAACAAAAAUACCACAAUUGAGAGAUGAAUUGUUAAGUCUUCAAAAAAUGAUUGGAUAUUUAAAAAAGAAUGGACCACGUCUUGGAUUAUCUGCACCAGAACUUUUUAAUAUUGAGAUUGAUGGUUUUGUUAAUGCAAUUGGUACAAAAAAUGAAAUAAAUGCUGCUAAAAAAGAAUUAGGAAAAAUUUUAGAUGAACUUGUUGAUGUUUUAAAAUCAACCUAUGGAGAUCAAGUAGUUGUUGAGGUUAUUACAACAGAUGGUAAUGUAGAAAGUUCUGGAAGUCAUUUAAUUGCUAAAAGAGAUACUCAAAGUAAUCAACCUUUAACAAUUCAAGAAAUUAGAAAGAAAUAUAAUGUUUAUAGUUUUACACAAGGAGACUAUCCAGCUAUCUUUGCUAUUUUUGCUGGUGUAUCAAUAAUUCUUUCAAUAGCCAUCUUAUUUAUUGCUGUUGGAAUGUGGACUAUGGAUCCAGUACAAGGAUCCUGUUCUUGGAAUAAUUGUCCAAAUUGGUCUUCCAAUAAGGAUGACAUUAAUGUUCAUAUUAUUUCUCAUACACAUGAUGAUUUAGGAUGGAUAAAAACUGUUGAUGAAUAUUAUUUUGGGACAAAAAAUUACUUGGUUCCUGUUGGAGUUCAAUAUAUUUAUGAUAGUGUAGUUAAAGCAUUAGAAGAUGAUAAAAGUAGAAGAUUUUCUUUUGCUGAAACAGGAUUUUUAUGGAGAUGGAUUGAGGGAAGUAGUAAAAAAAAUAUUGAAAAAUUUAAAAAUCUUGUCUCAAAUGGUCAAAUAGAAUUAAUUGGUGGUGGAUGGGUUCAAAACGAUGAAGCGACAUCACAUUACAUUGACAUCAUUCAUCAAAUGUCUUUUGGAUUAAGAUAUCUUAAUAAAACUUUUGGUAGCUGUGGUAAGCCAAAAGUUGCCUGGCAAGUUGAUCCUUUUGGUCAUUCAAAAGAAAUGGCAAGUUUAUUAUCUUUAAUGGGUUAUGAAGGUUUAUUUUUUGGAAGAGAACAUUAUCUUGAACAUGAAAAAAGAAUAUCUGAUAAAUCAUUGGAAUUUAUAUGGAAAAGUUCAGAUGAUUUAAAGACAAACCUUUUGACAGGUGUCUUUUAUCUCUCAACAUAUGCUCCAUUAAGUGAAUUUUGUUUUGAUUCUUUAUGUAAAGAUGAUGCUAUAAUUGAUGAUAAAAGAUUUCCUGGAUAUAAUUUAGAAGAUAAAUUACAAAAAUUUAUAACACAUAUAAAUAAACAAGUUUCUGUACAAAGGCAUAAUAAUAUAAUGUUUAUGGCUGGUGGUGAUUUUCAAUAUUCAAAUGCUGAUGAAUGGUAUAAAAAUCUUGAUAAAUUAAUUAAACAUGUUACUGAAAGAUAUCCAAAAAUAAAAAUAUUUUAUUCAACACCAUCAUGUUAUGUAAAAGCUUUAAAAGAUUCAAAACCAUCAUUACCUGCUAAGACAACAGAUUUUUUUCCAUAUGCACAUAGAGAACAUUCUUAUUGGACAGGAUAUUUUACUUCUAAACCAGUAUUUAAAAGAAUUGUUAGAGAAUCAUCAAAUUUUCUAAAUCUUCUUAAUACAUUUAUUGCACUUUCUGGUAAAAAAAAAGAUGUUAUUAAUUUAAUUCCCCAAAAACUUGAACGUGCCUUAGCACUUUCUCAACAUCAUGAUGCGGUAACGUAA